CCCAAUGUCACUGUCCCCCUCCUUAAAUGCUAUGCUCCCUCCAGAAUUUGGUGCAGUUAGCUGAUCGCCUUCCCUCAAACUCUCCGUCCACGGCUCUCAUCUCCAUAGCCAGCCCACCAGCCUACAUAUCGGCCUAUAUCCCCCAAGUGUGGUCGUCAAUGAAGCAGGACGCGAUCGGGGCUGUUUCAAGGAGGAAACCAGCCCGGGAUUGCCAGUUGAUGAUGGACGGCUGCCAGCACCAUGAAUUGAAGAGCACCGUUUCAGCCUGCUGCAGCAGUUUUCGGUUGGAUACAGUAGUCGGAAAUGGCGGAGUAGAGAAGGUCCAAUAUGAGGGCUCAAGGAAGACGAGACGGUACAGUCUCGUGACAUUUCAGGAGCUGCCGGACUACAUGAAGGACAACGAGUACAUCUUGGGGUCCUACCGUGCGAACUGGCCUCUUAGUGAGGCCUUCUUCAGCCUGUUCCGGUGGCACAACGAGACUUUGAACGUGUGGACGCAUUUGAUUGGUUUUCUUGUAUUUGUGGGAUUGACUAUGGCGAAUUUGGUGGAAGUUCCUCAAGUGGUAGAUCUGCUCGGAUUGUUCACAAGGUUUAACUCGACUGUUGCAGACACAAAUGUUUCCUAUGAUUCAAAGGAUUUCAAUUUGGCCAGCACGAAGAAUUUCAUUGAUCUGAAGCACAUAACGCCAGAAGAAAUGAAGGCGAUGACAUCCCUAGGGGCAACGAGGUGGCCUUUCUUUGUGUUCUUAGGUGGUUCCAUGUUCUGCCUCCUCUCGAGCUCAACUUGCCACCUCUUCUCAUGCCAUUCCCACCACCUCAACCUCCUCUUGCUCAGGAUGGACUAUGUGGGCAUCACUAUCAUGAUCAUCACCUCCUUCUUCCCCCCAAUCUACUACAUCUUCCUAUGCGACCCGCACUGGCAGCUCAUCUACCUCGGUGGGAUUACGGCCAUGGGGGCAUUCACUAUCGCCACUCUCCUCUCCCCGACCCUGUCGACCGGGAAGUUCCGGGCAUUCCGGGCCAUGCUUUUUUCCUCAAUGGGGUUCUUUGGGAUUGUGCCCGCCGUCCACGCUUGUGUUGUGAACUGGAGCAACCCCCAGAGGCCUAUCACUCUAGCGUAUGAGUCGGCCAUGGCGCUGUCAUACCUGACCGGGACAUUGUUUUACGUGACUAGAGUACCAGAGCGGUGGAAGCCCGGGUGGUUUGACCUCGCCGGGCACAGCCAUCAGAUAUUCCAUGUGUUUGUGAUCAUGGGGGCCCUGACACAUUAUGGUGCCACACUAGUGUUCCUGGAAUGGCGGGACAAGGUCGGGUGUGGGAAUUGAUAUAUUUAUAUAUAAUUGUAGUUCUACAAGAUACACGUGCGUUGCAUGUGAAAUAUUUUUCGAUCGAGUUAUAAUGCAUGCUACUGAUAUGUAGGAAAAUGUAGACAUAAUUUAAAUUUCAUUAAAAAA